UCCUCUCGUCGACAGUACCACGUGUACAGCGAAGACGAAAGUCUUUCUAAAGGAUUUUGUGUUUAGCAUUGGGCAUUUCCGCGAAAAACUCUUGACGUCCGGCACAGAAAUAUAGCGCGACAUUCGAUUUUUGUAUCAUUGUAUAAUAAAAAAUUCGCUAAUUACUUUGUGGUGCUUUGUGACAUUGUUUGAUUUUAGGGUUUGAACUUCGGGCGUCAUAAAAUUCAGUUUCUUGCAUCUGGUGAUAAAAUACAACUUCUUGUGUCAUUUAGGCCUGAGGUACUGAUAUUUAAUUCAGCGCCAAUUGACCUGUUGUGUCUUGGUGUUUUCUGUGCAAGUUACAACUGAAAAAUAGUUGCCGUUACCCGUCGGUACCAAACGCCGUCACGUACAAUGUAUUUCCGUAUUCCGCACGGAGGAAGAGAAUCAAAUGUUUGCUGUGACAAAGUGCCUUAGGAGAAAGUGCGUCGAGAUGGUUUCGCUACACUGCAGUCACAUGUUUUAUUUUUCAGUGAUACCAACAGUCCUGCUUCUCGUUUGCAGCGAUGCUGAGGACGUCUUCAGGGAAGACCCAUUCGCUCUGUUGUCAGGCACGCUGAGAACGUACCAGCGGGUGGGCUGUGACGAUGAAGUGGUGACCCUCAAGUGUCCGCACGGCACCAGCAUCUCUGUACACGUAGCGCAGUACGGGAAGACUUCGCCCUCCACGGCGGUGUGUCCGCAGCGUUCCUCGUCGACCGGGGAGCAGGAACCUCCGCUGAACGUCACCUGCCUCUGGCCCACCGCCCUCCAGACGGUAGUGGAGGCCUGCCAGAAGAAACGACAGUGCAAGUUCCAGACUUCACCCAAGACCUUCGGCGGAGAUCCGUGUCCGGGCGUGCGCAAAUACGUCGAGGUCGCUUACAAGUGCCGUCCAUAUGAGUUCCGUAGCAAGGUGGCGUGCGAGAACGACGUUGUGCCCCUCAAGUGCAAUCCGAACGCGCGCAUCGCAGUCUACUCCGCCAGCUACGGACGAACGGAGUACGAGAGCAUCCAAUGCCCACAGCCCCAAGGCGUACCUGAGGAAACGUGUCUUGUGAGCUACGCAACGGAGACAGUAAUGAACAUAUGUCACGGCAAGCGACGUUGCACUUUGUCCGCUGACUCGGCGACCUUCGGCAGCCCUUGCAAGCCGGAAUCACGGAUGUACCUCAAGGUGGUCUACACUUGCGUGCCCCGCAAGGUUCUGAAGGAGCAUUUCGAGGAGCAGCCGUUGGAGGACGAGUUGGCCGCAGCAGCGACAGGGGACUCCCUGGACGAUGACGAUGACAUCGAUGGUUACGACACGGACGAGUUCUUCCGUGAAAGUGCUGCCUUCUCCCCGUCACCCAACCUGGGCGGCAACCCACUCGACAGAAAUCUUACCAAGGACUUCACUCAAAGAACCACCCCUAGACCACCGCCGCACGACAAGGCGAGGGGCGGCGCAGCAGACAUAGGGAAGUCUGGCCUGUAUACCACCCCUCGACCCCCAUAUAACAAUUUGUUCGUCCCCUCUCACUAUCCUGCUGACCCUGCUACAACCAAAGACAUGCAAGGAGAUGAUUUCUCAGAUGAGAAAUUCCGUGAAAAUACCAACUGUACCAUCACCAUUUAUACCAACGAGAAAACUCGAGUGAUUGGCUUCAUUUCCGAAUGGCUAAAUGCAUACAAAUUUCUUUCACAGAACCAAGAGAAGUUCUACUUGUACCUGAUCCUCAGCAUCACAGCAGGGCUAUUGUUGUUUCUGGGCUUGGUGAUCGGACGGCUGCUGGUGCAACGACAUCGGGCUCGAAGCGAGGCCAAGUUCCAUGCGACUGCAGCUGCUGAACAUGCACUCCCCAAUGGCUUUGCAGAUGACAUCAGUGAGAUAGAUGCUGACAUAGACCUGACCGUCGCAACACCAGUGCCGGUACCAGUCGUAGCUGUACACUCACCCCCUGGAAAUGUUGCUGAGGUGGUGCGGUAUGGCAGUGGGGCCUCAGGGACUCUGAGGCGUGGUCAGCUGGACCAAGAUGUGGGUCCCCCCCGGAGUCUGAACAGAGGUGGAAAUAGUCAGUAUUAUUAUGGCUGACCAGAACUGUCUGGCGGUCCUCUGGUGCUACCGCCACCACCCCCUGCACCACCUACCCCUGGCCUGUCAACUGGCAUCUGCCCAGGAACACGUACUUAUUGCUUCUAGUGCCAUCUAUCAACGGACACUACUAACUUUUUUAUAUAUGUGACCCAAUUAUGUGCUGAGAAGGUGAGUGUAGACAACUCAUUACCAUGGCCGGUACUCCUUUCACAUCUCAAUAUUUUCCAACCUGUAAUAGUUAUAGAUUCUGUCAGUGAUGAAUUUAACGUCAUCUCAGGUUCUAAAGUACUGUUUUUGUGUUGAUAUUUAAUAACAGUUAAUAUAAAAGUUGUAAAGUAUAAAUAUUUUAUAAUAUAUUUCCAUGUUGGAAACAUUAUAUCCAUAUCAAACCAAAUUUAUUUAUUUAUUUAAUUGUUAUCAUUUUGGGAAAGAGAAAGUUUUGUCCAUAUUCCCCCAAACUUUAUUUCAUUAAAUCUACUACUGCCAGAGGAGAAGAUGGCGGAGGAAAUGGGUAAGAAUGUCCAAAGUGUUACCAUCAGAUGAGAAUCAAUAACCUGAGCCGCAGUAUAAGGCUCACAGGACAUUCAAAGGGUAUGGUUUCACCAGUUAGAUUUGAAAUCUUCUAUGAACUCCAUGAUUACUUGUGUAUUUAAUCCCAUUAUUGUAGCUAAAUUCCUUUAAUGAUUCAAACAUUUUUAUUCUGUUGUCCUCAUAAAUUGCUUUUCUGCUGCUGUGAUGCCCAUUUCUUCUCAUUUGUAGUAUAAUCCAAGCUUUCUGCAGCAAGUUAACAACAGUAAUCUUACGUCUAGUAACUUAAAAUUUGUAUGUUGCUAACUAAAUUGGAUUCAAAUACUUGAUUUAUUACUCUCAUUACCCUGUUGUAAUCAGAAUUUUUCCUUAAAUUUUAUUUGUACAUGUGAUAUAAUAAUUAACAUAUUUAAAAAAAAUUAACUUGUUCAAUAACCUGUACAGUCUGUUUCAGACCUGGGCUAGGUCAACCAGGGGCCCAAUAGAUAGUCUUUGGCCUCUUCCCCCUAAUCUACCUGAAGACAGAAGCAGAAAUGUUCUGAAAUAUUGAAAUAGUUUUAUAAUUUAGACAAUGUACAAAGUCCAAAAGAACAAUUUCACAUAUUACACCAUGACUUUACUCCUGUGUGAAGCAUAAUUUGUGUUUCCCUUCAAACUGCCCUGUUCUACCAGUUAUCACGCUAUGAAUCAGGCUUGGUAUUAUGACACAGUUGGAUUGCUCUGUGAGUCUAUAAUUAGUUCAUCACAUUCAGAGAAGUGUAUCACAUGUACAUUUUAAUAGAAUUUUUCUCUGAAGGUCUGUCACCAGAGCCUCCCUCAAGAUAAACAGGAUUAUAAAGAUGUGUCUGGAUCUACUGGCCUGUCAUUGUUACUGUCACUGCUCAAAUCACAGUGUUACUGUGAAUCACAGGAAUAUCAAACCAAAUUUCAGCCUGAAGAGGAACUUCAGCAACAGUCAUGAAGAUCAGUGAUGCACAACAAAGAGACAGCAUACUGCAGAGAGAAGAGAAGGAAGUACUACAGCUUCUUAACAUAUUGCAUGAAUAAAAUUCAGGUUAUCUGUGAUCCUGUAGCAUAGCCAGGACGGGAAUGUGAUAGAAUGCUAAGAUACUGCACUAUUUAUAAUUACUAAUUUAUUUACAUGAAAACAUGCUUUUAAGAACAGUUAUCACAUAAACUCCUUCACACUGUCCAGUUGCACACUUCCACAAAUGUAGGUCACAAAAUUUUCUCAACAAUAUAAGUUCUGUGAAAGUAGCUAAUACGUAAAAUAAUUCAUACUUCUGAAAAAAGUAGUUGGCUAUUGUGCAAAUCAUCUUCCACAAAAUACAAUAAUUAAUUUCUUCUUUAGCACGGUUUUGAAAACUGAGAUCAAAACAGAAAACAGAAGUAUGUGAACAGAAAGAAGUAAAUUGUCAGGGAGACUACUUUUUGUUAAAUUGUAACUUUUCUUUUCAUUAUCUUUGUUGAACACUUUAUUUUAGGUAACUGUAUAGUAGUUUUCACGCUGCAUUUCUGGAACCAGAAAAAAUAUACUCAGGUUCACAGUUAAUUCAGGUUCCAUCUUAAGAUUAUCCUUUGCAUUUUCAAAACAUUUAGGUAUGACAGAAAAAUAUAUAAAUCAUAUAUGUUGUCAACAUUAAGGUUUGACGUCCUAUCCAAUGGGUACCAGGGUCCUUUCUCGGGGGUAAAGCGCAGCCGGGGCACGAUGCUGACCACUCACCCAAAUCUAGUGCCGAGGUUAAGAAUGAGUAGAGCUAUACCUCCUCUCCUCCCAAGCACCUACAUGACGUAUAGUGGGACAGCUUUAGUUUUAGUAGAGACAUGGCACAUCUGGCUUUAGAACCUGGCUGUGCUAUUGGAGAGGCUGUCAUGUGUAUGGGCCAGAAUCUUCCCCAAAUUAGAAUUGUUAACCACCGUUUUUAUGAAAGCAAUAACUGGAACUAAUGGAGAUGGAAAAUAGUGCACCAAAUUCUUUGAAACAGAGUUAUAAGUAAUAUCGAUAAAGAUUAAAAAUGCAAUGGUUUGCAUCAGGAACAUUUUACUUUCAGUAAGAAUAUCAGAAUAUACAAAAGUUAUUAACAUGAAUUAAAUAAAGUACCUUCAGUACAAAGCAUGUUAAUACAAAUGCACUUAAUGUGGCAUGUCACACAGAAACAUUGAACUUGUGUGUGGGGAUAGUCAUUUUGUUUGUAAUGUUUAUUAUAUGUAAUGGUGCGCACAAGUCCAAGGAGUUGCAGAGAAACUACACAAACACCAGAAGUACAGGGUCAUUAACCUUAGUUCGCAUCUUACUGAUGUGUGUCAAUACAUAAUUCCCGGUUCUACAAUUUUCAAUCCACACAUACACCAGGUGAAAGCACUUACAAUAUUUCUGCAGUUUUUAAGUGUUUUUAAAUUAAUUCCCAUGUUUCCCUUUAAUUUUUAUAAAAGAACUUAUAAGUAUCACCUCCACCCCUCUGAAAUCAAAUGUAUUUCUACCUUUCUUUCUGGAAAGGAAGCACUAGUUUUCAUCUUAAUGCAUUGUUUAUAUACAGUUUAAGGGAAGGAAUAAAUGACUCUCAGGGGUUGUAAUGUUCAGAGAAGUCAUUCAUUGUCAUCACAUCCACGAAGAGUUAACCUUAUCUCUGUUUACAGUGUAUAUCUGAACUUAGAUAAAUUACACUCAUAGAUUAAUAAAGUUGUUAAGAAGUUUGCCUCACUGUCCACCCAGACAGAAUGACAAGUAUUUGAAUAUUUUAAACAAAACUCCAGAAUUUUGAAUGUGAUGACUUAUUUACAACUCUGGUCUUAGUUUCCAAGUAUAGUUUUACACAUUUGUUUGUACGUGCCAAACUUGUUCUGCCAGUUUACCACAGGAACAGAAAUUUGAAAGCAUAAUGCUGCAGAGCACAGAGAAUGGGUGCUGACCAUUCUGGCCAGUAUAUGCCAAACAAAACCCACAAAGGAAUUUUGCAGUUACAAAUAAUGUAAAGGAUUGAAUGUGCUUAACAUAUUACAAGCAGGUACUAUCCUAACUUAAACCAGUGGUCUUGUAGUUGUUGCCAACAGAGUAGAACUAAAGCAAUCCGAGAUAAACUGGCAGUCUGGUGAAUGCAUUGGACAAUGUCAGUUACUUAGCUGCAUCAGUCAAUUGCCAUUUAUAUGUUUUAUUACCUGAACUGCACCAUUGAAUACAAGACAUUUAUUAUAUAUGAUGUACAAACUUCUUGAAAAUACAAAUAAAGUACAUCUCUAUAUAAAAUAAAUAACCACUUUGAAUUAAAUAUUUAUGUACUAAUAAAAGAAUGUGCAUGGCAUAUUUAUAACAUCAGUUAUGUAUAAAUAACAAUUUAUAGAUGGAUGAUAAAAUGUGCCAUAUAAUACUUUCUUGAUGAAUCAAUGUAAAUAGUUGACUAUUUAUUUUACUUUUAUUUCCUUUAAGUAACAGCUGUAAUUUAUUCAUGGGAAUGUUAUAAAGAACAAGAACUAGGGUCUGUAAGAUAUGUAAUGUAAGCAGCAUCUUGUCAUAUUACAGAUCUGAUGUAUUAAAAAUUCAAAAUAUGUAAAGUUGUGCAUGUUAUUCCAGUAUAUGUAAAAUAGUGGUUAUGUUCAAGUUUGUUCCUUCUCAUUGCUCUGGUAUGUCCCACAUUUCAUGUCUGUCUACUGAACACUAGAAAAUGAUGACUUGGAGACCUUUUUGGGGUGUGGUGCCAUGUCAUUAUGUCAGAAUUACAUUCUAGAAUUGAAAAUAGGGGAGUUUAUGAUUUUUUAAGAGCAUUAUUUUGAGUGGCCGUAGAAUAGUCCUGUGGGUAUAUUCACAAAGUGUAUCUGUCAGCUUCUUAAUACAGAUGUGAUACCUGUGAUUCUGUGGCAUUGGUUCCUUUUCAAAGUGCAUUCCUUUUGACAGACAUUGGCAUCAAUCAGUGUAUCCUUUGUGUAUCUCUUGGCAUAUGUUUUAUUGGUAGAACAUUUUAAUGUACAGUGCACUUAAAAAAUUACGUUCCAUUAUUAAUCUCUUAGAAAUCUUACAGGUGGAUCUUUGGAUUUGGCUGCAUUUUUUAUUGUUCAUUGCAUACACAAGAGCAUAUGAUAUAUAUUAUUUUAACAUGGUAGCAGUUACUUUAUGUAAGCCACAGUGUUUGGUACAGAAUAUGCUACAGUGUAGUGCAUUGUAAGUUUUAUUACAAAUAUAAUUAAGUCCUUAAAUCCACCAUCUUCGAUGUUAAUAAAUAAAUAAUGUACACAUAUGAGCAAAGAACAUAAGACUAAAAUCAGGGGUGAACCAGACUUUUGGUCCAUUCUGUAUUUUGCCUGAUGCAUUUUGCAUGUUGCUCUUAUUUUCUGGGACCAUUCAGUGCAAUAAAUAGGAACAGACUUUGCAUAGAGCUGAUGUGACCUGGUACAAAAAUAUUUGGUUGAUACCUGUCCUGUGACCUGGCACUUGGCUGGUAUCAGAGUAAAGGUAGUUUAAUUCUGUCAUCUGUGUUGAGGAAAAAAGAUGCAAUUUCUCAGUUUGUGUUGUAGGUGGUAACAAAUGAAACUGAGUAACAGUAAAUCUCCUAUCCCAUUUGUUUGUUUCCAAUGUUGGGAACUCUUUCAAACAUUGAUCAAAUUGUUGAAAAAAAGAACAGCUGAAAUUUUAAGUAGAAAUAUCCUGAAACAUGUGGGGUGUUAUAGAAGGCAGUCAUUGUUUGUUUCCAUGAGAAAGUAACAGAUUUACAAGUUUCACAAUUAAUUGUGCUUUAAUGUUGUUCAGACUUUGUCAUUCUUAGUUACUUGAUUGUGAUACACAUCUGUAAAUGUGUUGCUAUGGUUAUGACUAGAGUCUCGCCAGGCUUUUAUAGCUUAACUAUGGAUGGUAAUUUGCAAAAGUGGCAGGUCAAAUCAGGGGUGUUUUUGAUACCAUUCUGAGCAAGGAAACAAGAGGUGCUUGAAAAAUAUCCAUGGUAUAAUUUUUAAUUUUCAUAUGUGGCCGCUCAAAAAUUAGUUUCUUGCUAGGAGAUCUUUCAGCUUUGGCAGUAUUGACCUGACCUACUUGAAUCAUCACCAUGUGUUAUUUUAAUUCUUUAACUCUUAGUUUUCCUUCAGACAUACUUCAUAAACAUUUUGACCUAGCUUUGAAUAUUCUAUUAAAGUCCAAAACUCAUUUCCACCAUCCUUCCUUUUCAGUCUGUUACCUCCUUAUUUCUCUGUACCCUCACUUCACACUUUGAUUUCUUCAGUCUCCUCCAUUCUCACUUCUUUAGAUUCUCCAACAUGAAGAUUGCUGUCUUCUGGGAUGUUGCAAAACCCCAGAAUCCAGUCACCCUCAUACUCAGUUCUGUGAGAACCUAAGAUCUCCCACUCUGUGACGUCCUCUUUUUUUAUCCCCUCUUACAUCUGACAGAAUUCAGCAGACUUUCUCAUGGGGGAAAAUUGUUUUAGCCAUGCAAUUGAAAAGAUUACAGUGGGAUGAUAAAAUAUUUACAGCGUUGGUUCCCAAACUAUAUUUCUUCACAACCCAAUUCCAUUAAAAUUAUAGUUCUACAUUGGAAUAAUAACAGUUUGAAUAAUAUCAGGUGAGCAGAGUUUCCACAUAUUUCCAUAAGAAUAAAACAGUACAGUGUUUGAUUUAUGGUGUUGAAAAUUAUCUGUUUGCAGUUUUCCUACUUUUGUUGGUAAAAAGAAACCAUUUUGCACUUUUCUAUGGGUGUAGGAAUCAUCUUUGUUAACUUCGUCUCACCGUAUUGUAACCAGGAUAUGAAUGCCAUUAACAAAAAUUAAACACUAAUGGACUCAUCCGCAAAUAUCACGCACAUUGUUCGUCUAAAAUGCAGUGUUGGAAGUUACCUAGUCUGUUGAACAGGUUUUUGUUGCCUAUCCUCAAGUCUCACUGGUAGCCCUUCCUCAAUUUUCCUUCUGCAGUGCAAUGAAAUUUUAAUCUUCUUAUUGCCACACUUAGUGCUACAGGCUGUUUCAGAAAAUUUGACUAACACAAGUAGUACUUCUGUGACAGAUGAGAAGCAGAAAAUGUUGAAAAAGAAUUGCAUUAUAAUGUCAUUAUUUACAUAUGUGCAUGACUUAUAUGCAAUAUAAAACAAGCCUCUAAGUAUAAGCCUGAAUGGACUUGUAACAGGUCUACCAGAACCUGUCUUGUCAGUUUGGUUUUGUGAUGGAGAAAGAGUUAAUAAAUCUGGUAGGUUAUUAUUUGAUCAAAACACCCCUGUCCAUAAAAUAAGAUUAUUUUAGAGAGUAAUGUUACUGUAUAAAAAGAUAGGAUUCAUUGGACUGGAAGUGACUCAAACCAAUUGAGGGGGAUGUACAAAUCGAACAACUGAUGUCUCUAGUCGAAGUGUGGUGCCGUGAAGUGAUCAGAACACAAGGCAAAGUAGAAACACAACUCAGGUGAAACUUUUCUACAAGACACUUGGAGUGCAAUAUCAGUUUCUAUGUGGUCUGACAAGCCUUUGUAUAAAACAGAAUAAUUUAUGGGUAUGAACUGUUUUCAGUGGUCUAACCAUUGCAGAUAUUUGCCAGUUCUGUGAAAUUAUAUUAUAAUUUAAAUUAAAA